GGGCGCUGCGCGCACAGGUGCUGCCGGAGCGCUGGGGCACGGCGGGGAAGGAAAAAUGCCCCUGCCCGCGGCAGCCGGCUGUUAAUUAGCGCCAAUUAAGGGCGGAGGGGGGGCAGCAGCGCUCCACCUCCCCCUCCCCCCCGCCAGCUGCGGGGCUCGGCCCGGGCCGCCCGCCGAGGCUGGCGCUGCCGCCGGCCUCCCGAGGGCUGCCCCCGCCGCCGGCCCCGGCCUGCAGCGCCUUCGGGGCGGGGGGGGCGGCCGAUAAAUCACGACGUUACGGGGCGGCCGGUGCCGGGGGGGCGGCCAGCGGAAGCUGCCGCGGGCUGCCCGCGACUUGUCCGGUCCCUUCUCCCUCCAGCGGCGCGGCCCCGUCUCUCCUGCAGACCUUUGUCUGGAUGGGAAGGGCAAGGAUGGAGCAGCAGUGGUGGAAGGGGGAGCUGGCCGCGGACAUCCACCAGACCCUGAGGACGAAGGAGCUGAAGUUGCCCAUGUAUAAGGCUCAUUCACCGCAGAUUGGGAUGCGCCGAUACUUCGUUGAUCUCUUGACAGUCCUCUGCAACCGCUGCGAUCUCUGCCCUACCACCCGUCAUCUCGCUGUCUAUCUGCUGGACCUCUUUAUGGACCACUAUGACAUCACUGUCAAGCAACUGCACAUCAUUUCAUUUGCCUGUCUUCUCCUAGCAAGUAAAUUUGAAGAAAAAGAAGACAAAGUUCCAAAGUUGGAGUACUUGAAUAACCUGGCAUGCAUGUGCAAUGUGAAUGUGGUAUUGAACAAGAAAGAUUUGCUUAGAAUGGAAAUGCUGCUUUUGGAAAACUUCAACUGGAACCUCUACCUGCCAACACCAGCACACUACAUUGACUACUACCUCCAUGUGUCCACCUGUGAGAAUGACCUUCACAAUGGCUGGCCAAUCACCUCGCUGGCAAAAAUCCAAGAUUUUCUGGAGAAAUAUGCAUAUUAUUUCCUUGAUUUCUCAGUGCAAGAUCACACUUUCCUCCAUUUUCGGCCAUCUCUGAUUGCUGCAGCUUGCGUGUGUGCCUCACGUAUCUGUAUGCAGAUUUCUCCUGCCUGGACAACACAGCUUGAAUUGCUAACAUGUUAUUCCUGGGAACAUCUUGCCCAAUGCAUAGAAAUGAUGCUUAUAUAUUAUGAGAAUGACAUCAAAGAUGCCAGUAACAAAAAAAACCAAGUAACAACUCCACAGCAAGAGCAGGAAGCAGUGGGAAAUCUGAGCAAUCAAGCCACUACUCAAGUUCUCUUCCAGCAGGCGAGUUACUACUCCCUAGCCCAGCAUUCAGCUACGCUUUCCCAGUUCCAGUCGCCAGUGCAAGACCUGUGCUCUGCUUACCGUGACUCCCUACAGCCCCACAGGCCCAGCAGCCUGCUUGCCCAGAGCGCCGAGGGCUCGCUGCACUCCUCCGCGGCUCUUCAGGCCAGCCUCCAGCCGUUCGCCCAGCCUCUGCCUGCCCCAGCGCCCAUUGCCGUGCAGGUGGCGUUAGGAGCGGAGCCCAGGCACUGCAUUUCCACAGUUUAUGGCAGUAGUUACUUCAGUGGUCAUCACUCACAUGCAGCUGGGUGUUUUGAUGGAUAA